AUGUCUGUCCCCGGUAUCGCGCAGACUUCUCGUCGCCAUGAUACAGGAUAUCUGCCAAUUGAAAACUAUGGUCUAAUUGGGAAUAUGAGAACUUGUGCUUUGGUGGGUAUUGAUGGAAGUAUUGAUUUUAUGUGCUGGCCAGAUUUCGAUUCUCCUUCAAUAUUUGGUCGACUGCUAGAUAAAGAUAAAGGUGGUCAUUUUUCUAUCACUCCUGCAAAUGGUGUUGUUUUUAAUACAAAACAACAAUAUCUUCCAUCUUCGAAUAUCCUACAAACUCGAUACAUCCACGAAGAGGGCGUAGUUGACUUGAUCGACUUCUUUCCACGUCCUAAUCAUAGUCAUGUCGCCACAAAAAGCUCCAUGCCCUUUCGGGAAACCACAAAAGUUCAGGGUGAAUUGAAGAAAUGGCUGGUACGAAGAGUCGAAUGUAUUCGCGGCAGCGUCGAUUUAGGUGAGAAAGAUCUAGAACACGGCGGCAUCCAUCAUAUCUCACAACUUUGUUUAGAUGUGGAGAUAUUCCCAGCCUUCAAUUAUGCCCGCGAUGAACAUGAUCUCGAAAUCCUCAUGCCGGAACAUCCUCCAGGAGCACUUGAGAGCAAGACGGUCACUUUCGCCAGUAAAGACAUGAAGCUUCAACUCGAUGUGACUAUUGAUCGUGGCGAGGAGAACCAAGAAUCUUGUCCUCCCUUGAUAUUCCGCAGAGUAAGACAGAAGGAAGGAAAAGGUGAUGGCGUUGUUGCAAAUAUACGAUUACAAGAAGGUCAAGCUAUUUCAUUUGUCUUGCGUGAUGAUAUCCCGAAUCAUAUUACGAGGGAUGUCACUACUGAAACUUUAGAUACGCAACAACAUGAUACUCAAAGAUUUUGGUCUAAUUGGAUCGGUCAAAGUAAAUAUACAGGUCGUUGGAGAGAGGUUGUGGCUAGAAGUUUGAUGAUUUUGAAGUUGUUGACUUAUGAACCUACUGGUGCAAUUAUUGCAGCACCAACAUUCUCGAUUCCUGAAGAUAUUGGAGGAGUUCGCAAUUGGGAUUAUCGAUACUCCUGGGUACGAGAUUCUAGUUUCACAAUUUACAUUCUACUCAGGAUGGGAUUCGUCGAAGAAGCCGAUGCAUACAUGAAUUUUAUCAGUGAUCGUUUUAGACUGUCAAGAGGUCCAGAUGGUGCUCUACCAAUUAUGUUCACAAUUCGUGGCGAGACUGAUAUUCCGGAACUUGAACUUAAUCAUCUUUCUGGUUAUAGGGAUAGUGGACCUGUUCGUAUUGGUAAUGGUGCAGCCUUUCAUGAACAGUUUGAUAUUUACGGUGAACUCAUGGACGCUAUCUAUCUCUGGAAUAAGUAUGGAAAACCUGUCACUUGGGAUCAGUGGGUGGCUGUUCGAGAGAUUCUAGACUAUGUUUUAAAGAUCUGGACACAAGCCGAUAUGUCAAUCUGGGAAGUUCGAAGCAGGAAACAAAACUAUACAUAUUCAAAGAUUAUGCUUUGGGUAGCGUUCGAUCGUGGAAUACGUCUUUCGGAGAAGCGUUGCUUACCUUGUCCGAAUAGAGCAGAAUGGUUAAGAGUUCGUGACACUAUCUAUGAAGAAAUCAUGGAGAAAGGUUACAACACCGAAAUGCAAGCCUUUGUCCAAAGUUAUGAAUCUCGCAACAUGCUCGACUCCUCUAUCCUCAUCGCUCCACUCGUCUUCUUCAUCUCUCCCAAUGAUCCCCGCUUCCUAAAUACAAUUGAUAAAAUCCUUCUUUCCCCCGAAAAGGGAGGUCUCACAGAAACCGGACUCGUGUUCCGUUACAAUACUUCUACAUCCGAAGAUGGUGUAGGUGGUCGCGAAGGUGCAUUCUCUAUGUGUACUUUCUGGUUGGUUGAAGCACUCACCCGGGCAGGUGUUUAUGAUAGGAAGUAUUUGGUCAAGGCUGUUAACAUAUUUGAGAAUAUGUUAAGCUUUGGAAAUCAUUUGAGCAUGUUUAGUGAGGAGAUUGCGAGGAGUGGUGAACAGUUGGGAAAUACUCCACAAGCAUUCAGUCAUUUGGCUUUGAUUAGUGCAGCUUUUAACCUAGAUAGGGCGACGAAGGGGAGGAAUUAG